AUGCUUAACUACUCUUUUAUCUUUAAGAACGAAUCAAAACCGGACAACAUUGGAAAUAUGAACAACAGUUCUAACUUUGAAACUAUUGUUGUCAUAAAUUGUAUCCUCAAUGCUCCACUGAUGCUAACAUCCAUCACUGGUAAUGCCUUAGUGUUGGCCGCUAUAUUGAGAACUCCUUCGCUUCGUUCAGUACCAUCUACAAUCUUUCUAUGCAGUCUUGCUAUUACAGAUUUUCUUGUUGGGCUUGUUGGUCAACCUGUUUACAUUGCCAGUGAACUUCAAUAUUCAGCUGGUGGGCCUCUUUAUAAAGUCGAAGCCUUGAUAACUGCUUCACUUUGUGGUGUUUCCCUAACAACAAUGACAGCCAUAAGCGUGGAUCGAUUUUAG